AUCGAGAGUAACAUUGUGUGACAAAAUUCUCAAAAAGUGAGAUGCCGUCAAGACGCGGGUUCUUGGCGCCCCAGAACACAUUUUUGGAUACCAUAGCAACGAGAUUUGAUGGCACACAUAGCAACUUUGUCCUCGGCAAUGCUCAGGCUACUGGUUACCCUAUUGUUUAUUGCUCUGAUGGUUUCUGUGAGCUCACCGGCUUUGUGCGCGCGCACAUCAUGGGGCGAUGCUGCUCCUGCGAUUUCCUGUACGGCGCAGACACAUCGCAAGAUGAAAAAGACAAAAUCGAGCAUGCCCUGGAACUACGGAUGGAAUAUAAAGCAGAGGUUCACUUGUACCGGAAAAAUGGAACACCAUUCUGGUGUCUGCUGGACAUCGUUCCGAUCAAAAACGAGAAGCGGGAAGUGGUCCUUAUCUUGGUAUCGUACAAGGACAUCACGCGGGAAAGACUCUCGCCCAAUGAGAUUGAAGAGACCGGAGACAAAGAGGCCAAUGGCACGGCCGACCAGUUUAAUGGCACCUCCAAAAUUUCCCGAGGGACUGAUGGCCGUGGAGAGGAUAGCAACAGCUUCAAAUACCAGCGGAGGCGCAGCCGAGCCGUUCUAUACCACUUAUCAGGACAAUAUGAUCGUCAGAAUCGCACCAAGAGCAAGUUACAGCAGUUUAAUCAAGUGACUGGGGACCUCGGGGGGAAAUCGUCCGUGCCAGAGUACAAAGUUCAGGAGAUGAAGAAGUCGCGCUUUGUCAUACUGCAUUAUGGGAUAUUCAAGAUUGUUUGGGAUUGGUUGAUAUUGUUGUGUACGUUUUACGUGGCCAUCAUCGUGCCUUAUAACGCCGCCUUCAUUACCACAGAUGAGAGGAAGACCAUAUACGCUGACAUUAUUGUUGAAUUUCUAUUUGCCAUUGACAUAAUCUUGAAUUUCCGCACCACGUUUGUUAGCACAAGUGGUCAGAUCGUUGUUACUCCCAGACAGAUUGCCUUAAACUAUUGCCGUGGCUGGUUUUUAUUGGAUCUCCUGGCUGCCAUACCCUUCGACCUUCUCUAUGUCUUUGACAUUAAUUUUGCCAAAAUUAAUACAGGAAGUGUUAAGCUGAUUCAUUUGCUCAAAGUCGCGCGCCUCUUACGACUGGCUCGCCUGCUCCAGAAGAUCGAGCGUUUCUCACAGUACAGCGCCAUUGUAGUGGCACUCAUGAUGAUGAUGUUUGCUCUGCUCGCUCAUUGGAUGGCUUGUAUCUGGUACGCCAUUGGCAAACAAGAACUGGACGAUGCAGGAGAGAAUUGGACUGUCGGUUGGUUGUAUGAGCUAAGUGAGAGACUGGAUGAUCCAAUCAGGAACAAGUCGAACCUUCCGUCUUUGAUGAGUUCGUACGUUGCGUCAUUGUACUUCACCUGCAGUAGCCUCACAAGUGUUGGAUUUGGCAACGUCUCUGCCAACACGAAUCGUGAAAAAAUAUUUUCCAUAUGUGCCAUGUUAGUCGGAGCCAUGAUGCACGCUGUGGUGUUUGGUAAUGUGACAGCGAUCAUUCAGCGUAUGUACGCGCGAAGGGCUUCCUAUCACUCAAAAACCAAAGACCUAAAAGACUUCUUCCAUACCUACCACAUUCCUAAACCCUUGAAGCAGCGAAUGUAUGAGUACUUCCAAACCAUGUGGUCUAUGAAUCAUGGGAUAGAUAUCAAUGAGGUGUUAAAGGACUUCCCAGAAGAGAUGAGGGGGGAGAUUAGUUUGCACCUCAACAAGGAAAUCCUCUGCCUGCCUAUUUUUGAGAGUGCCACUCAGGGAUGCUUAAAAUCAAUUUCUCUUCAAAUACGCAGAAACUUCUGUGCCCCUGGAGAAUACCUCAUUCACAAAGGCGAUGCCAUUAAUUAUGUGUACUUCCUGUGUAGCGGAUCAAUGGAGAUCCUGAAAAAGGGAAUGGUCGUGGCCAUUUUAGGUAAGGGAGAUAUGUUUGGCACAGACAUCAAUUUUGAAGACCCUGUAGCGAUGUCAAGUGCGGACGUCAAGUCGCUGACAUAUUGCGAGUUACAGUGUGUCAACAUUAAAGGCCUGGUGGAAGAAAUCGUACAGUAUCCAGACUUCGCGGAGAAAUUUGCGGAGGACAUUCAACAUGACUUGACCUUUAACCUCCGGGAUGACAUCGAGGGAGCAGAAGAGGGUGGUGGAGAAACUGCCAAUAGACAGGUGGAAGUGAUGUUGCCUGCGAUCUCGGAGGACGAGGAGGAAGUGAUAACGAGAGAUGCCGAUGAUGACAUUGGUGACCAUGGCAACCAAGAUUCCAAAGAUCCUGGAACAUCAUCUCCGACGUUGAAGCGAAAAUCCUUGCCAAAUGGUCAUGUGGAUAAUUUGUCUGUCAGAUUUGAAACAAAGGACGAUGGUAACGUGUCGACAUCAAAGCGCUCCUUCUCAGAACUGCGACGAGUGAACUCGGCUAAGACAUACAGAAUUGCACAACGCGAGAGGAAGUUGCGAAACAGCUACACAUCUCCAUCUUUGAAUCAAGCCAUGUUGCGUCGUCAGUCGGCAUCAGAGGAAUCUCUUGCUGUCCAUGAGGUACAUCUAGAGAUGGAGACGAUGCGAACAAGUAUGGAAGGCUUGGAUAAACGUGUCAAUGUCCUGUCACAGGAAGUCUCCAGUAUCGGGAGGGAUGUAAAAACUCUGUUAGAGCUCGUGCAUGGCUCUCCUAUGACGCCAGCCGACUCCGUACUUACGACGCCUUCCUCGCCUCACUGUCGCCCACGUUUUUUCUUCAGCCCCUCGGAACACAGCGAAUCGGUGGCAGAGACGCCGGUAGGUUCACUGUGCAGUAUACACGCUUCCCACCACUUAGGGCACGGCAAUGAGAAUAACUCUCUUCAACCCGGCAUUUUGAAAAAAACUGGCUGGGGUCGUGACAAUGAACAAAGGUCAAGGUCGAUGUCUCCGGGGAAAGCACAGUGCCCGGAACAAAUGUCUAAUCUCAUAUCGUUAGGGAGUUCAUCGAGCGGCGGCAGUGGCGGUGAACAUUUGGACCUGUGCCGUCGCCAUAGUGACAGUGGACCGUGCAACAAUGACGACGAUGGUCAAUCGGACCACUUGGCUCCCAAGAGUGAACUAUGUCGUCGGCAUAGCGACGGAGCAGCGUAUAAAAAAGGUUCUUCCAAAUACAACCAGUCAGAUGACAAGAACGCAGCGGUGAAGUUGGACUCUGGCAUUUCGCUGCAGCACCAAGAAUCUGGGAAAAAUGACGACAGCCCAUGUGAUGAGCACUGUCGCUUGAUUGACAGCCAGCCCAGCCAACCACAGAUCAGCUUACAGCAGAGGCGGAGCAUUUUGUCCAGAAAGAAUAUCAAUGGGCAUGCACCUGUCCAGCGAACUUCACCGCUCGUUCGACCAGACAUUCGACUUCCUGUUCUUCCACAAAUUUUUAUCGGAUCAAGACAAGGUCACCGCGAGGUUUCCAGGACGCAGUCUGCACCUAUGACAUCCACGGAGGACCAACUUGUUCUCGAAACAACUGAUCUCUAG